CAUGCCUUUUUCCCGGUGAACUAUCACCCGACUCAUUCGUUACUUGCGCUCCGGCGCCCUGCUUCGACAAAGGACAGACACGGAAUAAUUGGGCAACCAUGGCAUUUGCAUUUUUUUCGACCUUAGGGCUCCUGGCUACAUUUCAAUUGCCUGGACUCGUAGCUGCGGAAUCACAAAAUAUCGACCUCUGUGGUCAGUCAGACUGGUGGAACUCUACUGAAGUUCCGUAUUCAUUUAAUAAUAAUGCCUGGGGAAACGACAGCUCGGGCUACCAAUGUAUGGCCGUCCAUGAUAAUGGCCGGAGCUUCAGUGUCUCCUACAAAUGGACCGGGGAUGCAUCUCUUGUCAAAGGCUACCCGUACAUGAAGGCCCAUCCAACCAGGCUCCCUGUCCAGCUAUGGAACGUCACUCAACUACAGGUGACUGGCAAUUGGCAGACUUUUGUUGUUGGCAAGGAAAAGGCCAGUGCUGAGCAGCAGGCUCAGGCCUUCGAUGAUGUUUCGCUCUACGCCAAUGUUGCUGUGGACAUGUUCCUGUCCGAUAACAAGGAAAACUCAACCAUGGUCGGCGCCCCCAUUGAAAUCAUGAUUUGGCCCUGGUGGACGCCAACUGUAAAGCCACUAGGAUGGGCUGAGUCCACUCCCGACAAAGACACCGUCACCAUCGACGGCACCCCUUUCUCAUUAUACCAUGGCUGGAAUGAUGGGGGACAGCAUGUUUUUUCAUGGUUGGCUCGCACCAACCUCACCAAGACCGAUGCCGACUACGGACCUUUGCUCACCUACAUCUGGAAGAAGGGUAUGCUGUCAGGCGCAAUAUGGCUAGGGCAACUCGAGCUGGGCACCGAAAUCAAACACGCCGCAGGCGACAUGCACUUUGAAGCCAGCAACUACACCUUGAAGGUUGUUAGGCAAGGAGACCCAGAAGACAAGGCGACCUCAACUUCUAUAACUCGAUCCAGUACCAGCCAGACCGCGGCGACGAAGACAGUGAUGACGACAGCCGCAGCCGAAGCCGCCACCACUUCCGCGCCGUCUCCUACCAGCACUAAUGCCGCAUCUACUUCAUUGCUUACAGAGCUGUCAACAGUUUGGUGGUUCUCACUCGUCACAGUUUUGUUGUGUUAACAUAACUGGCUGUUGGAUAUGUGUAAAGACGUUCGGGGACGAAUUGCUAUGGGAGUUUGUGUAUUCUAAUCAAGUAUGUUUUAAUCGAAGGUCAACUUUCAUCCACAGGGAAACCAGGCCUUGAGCGACGAAAAGGUGCUCAGGCUUCGCUCCGGGGCCCAGCAUUCAGUGGCGGAUCGAUCAAGAACGGGGGCUUCUGGUCUGAUCUGCUGGAAAAAAGUGCCGGUGCUACCCCGCCGAAGUACUUGUGUUGGCUUAGAUCAAGACUGUGUACGAACAGUCUCUAUAUCAGCUUUUCUGCAUUAAGCAAUAUAGAACGAAGCCAGCGAAGAAAAAUUGAUUGGUUGGACG